GUAUUUGUUCUCUCCUACGCUAGUGUAAUUUUAUCACGGACGAAGAAACUUGUGAAUUUUUAUUGCGAUUAGCGUUUAAACUAUUUUCACAGCAUCCGUAAAGCUUAAUAAACUUAUUAGUAAUAACUAAAAUUUAGUAUGGUGUGGGGAUUUGUGACUUGUGGCCCCAAUGAGGCACUUGUGGUUUCAGGAUGCUGUUACAUGAAACCUUUAUUGGUGCCCGGUGGACGUGCCUUUGUUUGGCCCACUAUACAACAAGUACAAAGAAUUUCACUCAACACCAUGACCCUGCAAGUGGAGAGUCCAUGCGUCUACACCAGUCAGGGUGUACCCAUUUCGGUGACCGGCAUCGCACAAGUUAAGAUUCAGGGUCAAAAUGAAGAUAUGUUGCUGACGGCUUGCGAACAAUUCCUCGGUAAGGGUGAAUCUGAAAUCCAGCAUAUUGCCUUGGUUACGCUGGAAGGACAUCAGCGUGCUAUUAUGGGUUCCAUGACGGUUGAGGAAAUCUAUAAAGAUCGUAAGAAAUUCAGCAAACAAGUUUUCGAGGUGGCUUCAUCGGAUUUGGCUAAUAUGGGUAUAACUGUCGUUUCGUACACCAUUAAAGAUAUACGCGAUGAAGAGGGUGACUCAAAGGGUUAUCUGAAAUCUUUGGGUAUGGCACGUACUGCCGAGGUCAAGCGUGACGCACGCAUUGGUGAAGCUGAGGCGCGUUGCGAUGCGCACAUCAAGGAAGCCAUUGCCGAGGAGCAACGCAUGGCAUCACGUUUCCUCAAUGACAUCGAAAUCGCUAAGGCGCAACGUGACUUUGAGUUGAAGAAAGCCGCCUAUGAUGUGGAGGUGCAAACGAAGAAAGCCGAAGCUGAGAUGGCUUACGAACUGCAGGCGGCCAAAACCAAACAACGCAUUAAGGAGGAACAAAUGCAAGUCAAAGUGAUUGAGCGUACACAGGAGAUUGCCGUGCAGGAGCAGGAAAUACAACGUCGCGAACGUGAACUGGAGGCCACGGUGCGUCGUCCAGCCGAAGCGGAGAAGUUCAGAUUGGAGAAAUUGGCUGAGGCCAACAAAUUGCGCGUGGUCAUGGAGGCUGAAGCCGAGGCGGAAUCGAUCAAAAUCCGCGGUGAAGCCGAGGCAUUCGCCAUCGAAGCCAAAGCCAAGGCAGAGGCCGUGCAAAUGGCACAAAAGGCCGAGGCUUGGCGCGAAUACCAUGAGGCAGCAAUGGUCGAGAUGUUGCUGGACACAUUACCAAAGGUUGCCGCUGAAGUUGCCGCACCAUUGUCGCAGGCCAAGAAGAUCACCAUGGUGUCGAGCGGACAGGGUGAAAUCGGUGCCGCCAAGCUGACUGGCGAAGUACUGCAGAUCGUUAACAAAGUGCCGGAAUUGGUGAAAAACAUGACUGGGGUGGACAUUGCCCGGUCCAUGCAUGCUGGCUAAAUUAUCAACACAAAGCUUCAACAAAUGAAUAUAACAACAACAACACGAGCAAAAACAUGUAUGAACAAAUAGACGACAAAACAGAAAAAAUACGAGAAAAAAUUAUAAAAAGAAAACUGUGUCAAAUCCUUAAACCAAAGAUUUUCGAAAAUUAACAAUUAAUAUUAAUACAAUUAAAGUUGCCAUAUUAAAUUUUAUUUACAAACAAUAAGUAUAUAUUUGGCGUCUAACAACGAUUAAGUUUGUGAAAAAGAGUAUAAAAUUUCGAAUCAAAGAAUUAUAAAUAUUAUAAACGCAGGAAAGACAAAAAUAAAAGAUUUUUUGAAAUUAAAAAAAAAUUAAUUUGAAUUGAAAUUGACAAAAUUAUGUGGAAUUAAGGAAUUUGGCAUUGCGUAAUGCUAAAUUUAAGCACAAAUUCUUAAAAUUUACAUAAAAAAUAAAUAAAAUGCAAAAAAAUAUUAAAAGAAAAUAAAAAUAUAUAAAAAGUAAAAAAAAAAAAUUAAAAAUUAAAGUAAAGCAUAAAAAAUGAAGCGUACACAAUUUGCCACCACUGUAUUGUAGCGUGCUUAUAAAAUAUAUAUUUAUUGUAUAACUUUAUAACAAUUUACAAUUUUCAAUAUAUAAACACAAAAAUAUACUCGAUUGUACACACACACACACACACUUAAAAGCUAAUAUGAUUUGUUAAACAAAGAGAAUUUCCGGCUACAAACCACACUGAUUAAAAUAUUACACAGUAGAGUGAAGUCAGCGCCAAUUCUACAUAAUUUCGAAUUACACAAUCGAGUUCAGUUGCUUUGAAAUAAUUGUUUUUUAUACAUAUGUUUGCAUACGUGCCAUGAAAAA